GUUUAUACGGGGACCAAUUAGAAACUCCGACAUUGACUCCGCCACUUUUUGACUCCACCCCACAUUUAAGGUUUCGGACGUCACGAGAGGCCAGAGACAUCGAUUUCGCUCCGUCAUCACCACACAGGCUCACCAGCAGAUGCAUAGCUCCCUCUCUCUCCAGCGUCGUCGGGUGUGGACUCCCAUCUGCUCUGGUAUCUCCACUGAGUCAACAGCAUGUACAAACGAAGUGUUUUCACCAACAUCACUCCGCUCCCAUCGUAUAUCACACGGGACACGGUAGUGGAAGCCCUCCAUAAUCAUGCGGAAAUGAUUGAACUAAACCCUUUGGUGAUCCACCAUGAGCCCUGUCGCCCGCCAUCCUUUGCGCCUGCGGAUGAGUUUCAUUGUAUUUGGUACGAGAUGACCGACCGAAUCUCGUAUCUACCGGGCGGGCUAGUCAAGGGCAACGUGUCCUAUGCAGGGUGCUUCUACGAUCUCCCGCGGGGCCUCCAGACCCAUGUUUAUGCCCCAACCGGCUUGGACAUCCGAGAGAAAUGGUCCGUCUGUGGAAAUAUGCCCGGCGAGCCGCGAGAGCCUGUCGAACUGGGCAUUCCCGAUGCACCCCGAGAAGGGUUGUACCUGCGCGAAGAUGUCAACAUGCGGUCGCAGAUUUGGGCCACGGCGUUUGUGAAACGGACCCUCAAACGGGCCCACGCGGUCCUCGUGGACCGGUUGGUUAUCAAGGCGGAUCUGGAAAAGCAAAAGAGGGAUUCAAUAUCAGCAUGCGCAACUGACUCGUUCUUGGGAAAACCGACAGGCCUACCCCACGAUCAAAAGCCAAUUGAUCGUGAAGAAGAUUCAAUGUCGCCGCACCAGGCUCGCUGGUCAAGGGCCAGCGACAUAGCUGAAGUCCCUGGAUCGCUGGAGACGGGACAGAAAUCCAAUCAGCGACCGGGUCAAUCCGUGUAUGAACUCGAAUAGGGAUAACUACAGGCUUGCAGAAUGACUCCUCCGUGUCAGUGCAUGCAUCUAUAGUGCACUGGGUAGGGUACUGUAGGGUUAUCGCUGGAGUCCUAUUAUUGCUAUGGAAUAGCGUAAAUUGUUAUUAGAAUAUUCAAGCGUCGAUGUUCAUAUGUUCGUACGACGAGAGGGUCAGGAAUGGGCCGCGAUUUGUACAGCUUACCUGGAUGUAGUCUUUUAACUAGUAAUGCAUGGUGAAUC